GUUAGAUAUAUGGGGAAGCGCGGGAUUGGUUAAGAAAUUGAGAUUUAAAUAUUGAAAUCCGUUGCUUGUCUUCCGCAUGACAAAAACAGCAAAAUUUGUAUUUGAGAAGAAAGUUAGCAUUGAAUAUAUUUCUUUUCGUGGAACAUACAAGUAACGUGAGUAAUAUUAACCAGAACGCGACGUUUUACAUCAUAUAGUGCACAAUCCAGCCAAAAAAUAAUACAAGAUGUCAAAAGACGAGAAAGAAUGCGUUAUUCCUGACGUGAUAUACGAUGUAAACUCAGGAAAAAGUUAUAUUAAGGGACGAUUUUUUGGAAAAGGUGGUUUUGCAAAAUGUUAUGAAAUUAGAGAAUCAAAGUCACAUCGUGUAUUUGCUGGAAAAAUUGUGCCAAAGUCACAAAUUACAAAGAGCAAUCAAAGAGAGAAAAUGACACAAGAGAUUUCCAUUCAUCAAACUUUGAAUCAUAAAAAUAUUGUAGGUUUUUAUGGUUUUUUUGAUGAUCCACAAAAUGUAUAUAUAAUUUUAGAGCUAUGCAGAAAAAGGUCAAUGAUGGAAUUACAUAAACGUAGAAAAGCACUAACGGAAUGCGAAACCAGAUAUUAUAUGAAGCAAAUUUUGGAUGGUGUCAAUUAUUUACACCAAAAUAAAAUAAUUCAUAGGGAUCUUAAAUUAGGUAACUUAUUUUUGAGUGAUGAUCUACAGGUUAAAAUUGGUGAUUUUGGUUUAGCCACGAGAUUAGAACAUGAAGGAGAACGUAAAAAAACUGUGUGUGGUACACCUAAUUAUAUUGCACCAGAAAUUUUAACUAAAGCUGGACAUUCUUAUGAAGUUGAUAUAUGGAGUAUUGGAUGCAUUAUGUACACUUUGCUUGUAGGAAAACCUCCAUUUGAAACAUCAAGCUUAAAAGAAACUUAUGCUAGAAUAAAACAAGUCCAAUAUAAAAUUCCUACACAUAUCAAUACAAUUGCAAUGAAUAUGAUAUCUAAUAUGUUACAAGGAAAUCCAUCUAAACGUCCUUCCAUAACAAAACUAAUGAAAGAUCCAUUUUUUACUUGUGGAUUUAUGCCACUUAGCUUACCAUUAUCAUGUUUAACAAUGGCACCUCGCCUAGACAUGUUAGAAAUGCAUAAUCAACGUAAACCAUUAUCUGAAAUGAAUACUAAUGUAGGAGGAGAAGGACAAGAUUUUGUAUUCCGCGUACCUAAUAGUCCGGUGCGUAAGACAAAACCCGCCGAUGCGAUUAGUGAAGUUCAAAAACUGAAUCUUGAUAUUAGAAAAAUGCUUCAAACAUUGAGAGAACAGCUGAGUGCUGUAUUAAAGGCUAAACCAAGUAGAGAAACAACUUCAUCAGCAGAUGAAAUGACUGAUCCAGCUGCACAACCUGUUGUAUGGAUAAGUAAAUGGGUUGACUACUCGGAUAAAUAUGGAUUCGGAUAUCAACUUUCUGACGAUGGUGUGGGUGUAAUGUUCAAUGAUGGUACCCGUUUAAUAAUGCUAGCCAACUGUUUUAAUAUUCAUUAUAUAAAUCGAGAAGGAAAUGAAUUAUAUUACACAGUCAAAGAAUAUCCAUCUGAAUUAGAGAAAAAAAUGAGGUUGAUGAAUUUUUUCCUAAAAUAUAUGAAAGAACAUUUAAUGAAAGCCGGAUGUUCUUUUGCUGUAAAACCAUGUGAUGCUAUGUCUAGGAUACCAUACAUGCAUCAAUGGUUUAGAACACAAAGUGCUGUAGUUAUGCAAUUGACUAAUGGAACAGUACAAAUAAAUUUUCUUGAUCAUACAAAAAUUAUUAUGUGUCCGCUAAUGGCGGCUGUUACAUAUAUAGACACAGAGAAGAAUUUCCGAACUUAUAGAUUCCAAACUAUACAAGAGAAUGGAUGUUGUAAAGGUUUAGCUAAAAAUUUGGCAUAUGCUCACGAAAAACUUGUAUUAAUGUUAUCGAAUCCUCAAACUCGAUAAUUACGGCUUGAGAUCAAAUGUUUUAAGAAGAGAACAAUUCUGAUACCAGUAUAUUUUAGAAGUAUUAUGAUUUUUUUUUUUUUUUUUAGUAAAAAUAAUGCCUUUAUAUUUGGCAAAUAACAAAUACAACUAAUUAGUUAUUUUAUUUUUAUUUUAUUUUAUAGAAAUAUAUCGAAUUUUUGCUAGAUGUUUAUAUUGCAACAUCCAAAUGAAACAUCUUACAAAUCAUGCAAACAGUUUAAUUAUUUCGGAGGUAUUUUCACGUUCUCAAAGGGACCCUUCGUAAUUUUUUUUAUCAGUAUAGACAAAUUAUGGUUUUAGUCCUUUUUGUAAUAAUUCGUAUUUUGACAAUUUUAUGACUGAACGCAUUUAAAUUUGAGUAUUUUGCCAUGAUAUUCGUUACUCCAUAUAAAUAUCAAAAAUAAUUAUAAAAUAUGAACAGUAAUUGAUUAACAUUGCUUUAAUGGAGUAGUGCAAUUGAACACUUGUCUAUUUAUAUAUCUAAUAUACAAGGAAAAAUAAGGGGACUAAUCUUUAAUAUUAUUCUAAGAUGAAUGCAUUCCAAGAAAAAAUUUUUCUCAUCUGAUUUUCAUUUGACCAAUGUUAGGUCUGCUAAUGUGUGUAAAAUAUGCGUGUGCGUAUUAUGCACCAUUAAAACAUAGUAAAAUUUCUAAUUCUCUUGAUUUUACAAGAGGAGAUCAGAAUUGUUUCGUAAUUGUAAAAUUAUUGUACGACACCUAAAAAGUCGUGAAAUGAAAUGUUAAAUAGAAUAAGUGAAAACCUAACAAACGACAAUAUUUAUAUAAGGCCUAAAUUCUUACUCUACAAAAUAUUUAAAAAAAAAAUAAAUAUAUACAAAUGUGUACAUAGAUACAAACUUUCAUGGCAUUAAGAUAAUACAUAUCGUAUCAGCAUUUAUUGCAUUAAAUAUUAAGAAAUUGUAAUCAUAGCAUUAUUUUUGUAAGUAGCCUAUGACAUUGUUUUGAAAAUAAAAUAAACUGAUUUCAUUCUUAAA